AUGAACGAGUAGUCGUUUGUAUAAACCAGAAACCAGAAUUCAUUCUGGGUUAAGAAAAAGGAAUUGAAAAAUGGUUAGAUUCAAAUUGACAUUGAAGACAACGAAAAGGAGUAUAGGUUGGUAUUUUCGAAGUUCAAAAUAUUGCAAUUUAUUCAGAGUUAAAAGUUAUUGAACAUUGGAAAAAAGUUCUCCAUUGAUUUGAGUAAAAGUGAGGACUUUUAAAAAAUUAUUGAAAGAUUUUCUAAUGACAAUCAAUUAACUUAAAAAUCAAGAGACGAGUUGAAAUGGCUAAUUCAUAAUGAAUUAAUCAGUAUGUUUGAUUGA